CAGCAAAUAAACGUAAACAGAAACUCGCUCGAAACACGAGGACGGGAAAAGUUUGCACCAGCUGAACGGAACCGCAUGAAGAAAGUGGAAAAAUCAUGGGAAAACUAAAUGUAUCAAUACUUCGCUACCUCACGAAGGAAGAUUUUCGCAUCUUGACUGCGAUCGAGAUGGGCAUGAAGAACCACGAACUUGUGCCGGGCGUUUUGGUGGCCUCCAUUGCAAGCCUGAAAACUGGUGGACUUCAUAAACUGUUGCGCGAACUGUGCAAACACAAGCUGCUAACGUACGAACGGGGCAAAAGAUACGAUGGAUACCGCUUGACGAACGCAGGGUACGACUAUUUGGCGCUGAAAUCGCUUACACUGCGCGGAGCCAUUUCUGGCUUCGGUAAUCAGAUUGGAGUGGGUAAGGAAUCCAACAUCUACACCGUUGUGGACGAGGAAGGAAAGUCGUUGUGCCUGAAGCUGCAUCGGCUCGGUCGUAUCUGUUUCCGCAAUGUGCGCGAAAAGCGUGACUAUCACGGUAAGCGGCACCGAAUGAGCUGGCUUUAUCUGUCGCGCAUUUCAGCGACGCGCGAGUUUGCUUACAUGAAGGCUUUGUACGAUCGAGGCUUUCCCGUGCCGAAACCGAUCGAUUUCAACCGGCACUGCGUUAUAAUGGAACUCGUAAACGGCUACCCGCUCACGAACGUGACCGAGGUGGGCAAUGUGGAAGCACUGUACGACGAUUUAAUGAAUCUGAUCGUGCGGUUUGGAAACUGUGGCGUAAUUCACAGCGAUUUCAACGAGUUCAACAUAAUGAUUUCAGACGACCAGAAACCGAUCAUAAUCGAUUUCCCACAGAUGGUGUCGACCUCACACGAGAACGCCGAAAUGUACUUCGAUCGAGACGUGCAAGGUGUGCGGGAACUGUUCCGAAAGAAGUUUGGCUACGAGAGCGAAGAUUACCCACGGUUCAGCGACCUGGAGCGUGAAGAUGAGCUCGAUCGGGAAGUUCUCUGUUCCGGGUACGGUUUUACGCAGGAGAUGGAAGAUGAUUUGUUGAAGGAGUACCACGAAGAAAACCGGUCGCAAUGUUCGGAUCACGACCAAUCCGAUGAGGAAUACGAAGAUACAGAAAAUGGAUCGAUCGUACCGGAUAGUACACAAGUCAACGAACAACCACUUGUCGAUGAAAAGGAGCUAGAGGAAUGUCGUCGAAAGCUGGAAGAAGAAAUGAAACUGUCCGAGGGAAAACAGCCACAAAAGGAUUCCAAAAAGAAAGAACCGAAUGCAGCCAUUUUCAGCUACCUAGAAUCAUUGUCCAGCCAGACCGAACUUGAGCUGCCGGAGCGCAACGAAGAGGAAGAAAUUGAGCCGGAAAAUCUUUCGAUCCUACAGCAGCGACAAACAGAGAAAGAGGAUUUUGUCUCCACAGAGCAGACUGUGCACGGAGCGGACGACACACGUGUUGCUGUAGAAUCGGACGACCCAGAAAGCGAGCCGGAAGAUGCAGCUGCACCGGUUGAUACCACCUCGCGACAGUAUCGAAUGGCGAUGGUUAGAAAACUGCUCGACGAUGCACGCAGCGUACGAUCAUAUUCCACCACGGCCAGCACGAUUGCACCGUCGAUAGUCAGCAAUCGGAUAAAGGGCGAUAUGGAGCAGCGCGAAAGGAAGGAAAUGAAGAAACGGCUCGUGCCGAAGGGUGAAGCGAGUGCAGUCCGACGUAUGCGUAAGGAUAAUAAUGCGACACUGAAAGAGUAUCGCGGUUGGGAGUUUUGAGUCGAUCGUCGUGGUGGUGCUGAAAGCUUAUAUGUCCGUUAAAUAUGAUUAGUUAAGAAGGUGGGAUAAUUUCUCUACCACUAAGAAAGGUAAUAAUUUACGCCAGAAUAAAUCGCACUUUUCUCUCAAA